UGGAAUAUUAGAAAAAAAGAUGGAGCCGAGCGGGAAAGUGUCAGUUGUUCAACUUCGGAACUUAGUCCGGAGUUAUAUCGAUAAACAUUUGUAUAAAACAGCUUUAUUUUGGGCUGAGAAGGCAAUGUCUUUAUCGAAUGAUGAACUUCAGGAUGUUUACUGGUUUGCCCAGGCUUUGUUUUACACAAAGCAAUAUGAAAGAGCUGUCCAUGCCCUGAUAAGCCGUGGCCUUCAUGAGAAUAAUUUGGCGUGUCGUUAUCUAGUUGGCAAGUGUUAUGCGGAAUGUAAGAAGUGGCAAGAAGCUCUAGAUGUACUGGAAAUGGAACAGAAAUACUUAAAAACUAAUUUAUCAUCAGAACUUUGGGCUGGAACUGCAAGCAAGAAACUUGAAGCCGCCGUCAAUCUCUUAAGGGGGCUAGUGUACGAUGCAAUGGACAAUGGUCCAAUGGCGUGUGAUUGUUACAAAGAGGCUUUGAGAAAUGAUGUUCAUUGUUAUGAAGCAUUUGAUCAGCUGACAUCACACCAUAUGUUGUCUCCAAAUGAAGAAUUAGAAUUUUACAAAUCAUUGCCUUUUGAGGAACAGUGUCUUCCUGAAGAGAUCCCCUUAAUGAAAUAUCUUUAUGAAAUGAAAUUGCAGGACAGUGAAAAGUCAGUGAAGUUGCCUACACCAUGUGAAUCUGUGAGCAGCAGUUUAGAUGUUGCUGUAUGUAUGGCAGAAAAGCAAUUCUCAAAAUGUGAUUUUCAGCUGUGCUAUAAAAUGAGCAGCCAAAUAAUGCAAAAGGAUCCUCUUCACAGUGCAUGUUUACCAUUGCAUAUCUCAUGUAUGGUAGAAUUAAAGAAACCUAAUGAGCUAUUCUUCCUUGCUCACAAGUUGGUCGAUAAUUAUCCAGAUCAAGCAGUAUCAUGGUAUGCAGUUGGCUCUUACUAUUUUCUCAUAUCAAAGUAUGAAGCUGCACGUCGAUUCUUAUGUAAAGCGACAACCAUUGACCGCAAUUUUGGUCAUGCAUGGAUUGGAUUUGGUCAUGCUUUUGCCAUAGAAGGUGAACAUGACCAAGCGAUGGCUGCCUACUUUACAGCAUCAAGAUUGAUGCCAGGUGCAUACCAGCCUUUGUUGUAUGUUGGUAUUGAGUACAAUAAAACCAACAACCCAAAGUUGGCUGAAAGGUUCUUCAACCAAGCAUUGGCCAUUGCACCAGAUGAUCCAACCAUCAAGCAUGAACUUGGCCAGAUUGCCUUUCAGAAUGGCAAUUAUGUCAAGGCUGAGAAAUGUUUUAAAGAAGCUCUAGAGAAAGUGCAAAGUUUGAGUGCAGGUAUCAUCCUUGCCACAUGGGAGCCAUUGGUGAAUAAUCUUGGUCAUGUAAUUAGAAAGCAAGGAAGAUAUGAAGAAGCACUUGAGUAUCAUCAGCAAGCUUUAGUUCUGGUGCCUCAAAAUUCAGACACCCUUUCAGCUAUAGGCUUUAUAUAUAGUCUACUUGGCAAUUAUGAGCAAGCAAUAAGUUAUUUUCAUAAGGCAUUAAGUCUGAGAAAAGAUGACACAUUUAGUGUUCAAAUGUUGGGUCAAACAUUAGAACAGUUCUCUCUGGCAAUUCUCCCUGAUGAACCAGAAGAACAAGUGCCUUUAAGUAGCAAUGUUGUUAAUGAAAAUGUUAGAGGACAAAGCAUGAUUGACACUAGUAUUGAAGAUGUAAGCAUGGAAACAUAAAAUUUGGUUACUUAAUUCUGGAUAAACACUUGGUGAUGAAGUAUUGAUGAUUUGUGUUGUAAAAAUUAAAAUAUUUUUAUGACUAAAUAGACAGGCCAAGUAAAUAUUGUACAAAAUCUAAUUGAAAAUAUUUGCGGUGUUACCAAUUUUCUUUGAAUUAUUAGAUUGUUAACUUAAUGAGAGCUCAUAUUGCAAAAUGACCAACAAUGGAAACAAAGAAUUAUUAUUCGGCCUAU